UUAUAUUUUAGCCACCAGGUGUAAACUGUUAUGACGGGGAGAUUCGGGUGAAAUGGUGUCUAUGUGUAGAUGAAAUUUGAAAAGUUUAGCUUAUCGAAUUAAGCUUUCUUUAUGGAUCAAAGACCUCCUAUUAGUGAUUCAGCCUUGGGCAAUGUUGCUGAGAGUUUUUUGAUGUGGCAAGUGCCAUUCAGUAAUAUUCAGGGUCAAGGAAUGAUGCCACAGGCUCAACUGGGAAAAUCCUAUGCUCCUCCACCUACAUAUUUUCAGUACCAGCAGAGAUAUCCUCCUAAUGCUUUAGGAAAUAUUUCACAAGGUGUUUCUCAUCCUAUACCAAACCCUGCAUAUGUAAUUAGGUGUAAUGAGAGGAUGGUGAGUCAUUACCAACAAGUUCCAUCAGUCACAACAGGAGUUUUCAGGCCAAGGCACACAGGGUAUCAACCACCAGACCCUGCAAAACUUUCAGAACAAAAAAGCAAACUAGAAAAAGAACGGAAUUUCCAAAUGCAGCAACAGAAGUUAAAACAAUUUAGUCAAUGUGGCUUAAAGCCCUCACUAAACCCAGAUUCUUACAUAAACAUUAUGCUUGGAAAGGAUCAAAACCAACACAAACCAUCUUCAUUGAACCCAAGUACCAGUAAGGCAACAGGUCAGCCAGUAGCACAGAGUAGGCCUGCAAUGAAGGUAACACUAGAAACAUCUCAAGAGGUAACAUCAGUAACAUGGGCACAACAGCAGGUAACCAGCAGUGAAGUAAACCAGAAAGCCACUGUGAAGAAUGAUCCAGCAAAAGGCCUAGAAGACAUGAUGAUGGCUUGUUCAGAUCUCUCAAAACCUCAACAGCCAAAACCAUUCCAGAAACUUGCUGUUAAUGAUAUAAGACAGAGCAGCCAUCAGAAGACUUCAUGUUUCACAGAUAGCCAGAAAGCAAGAAACUGGAAAAAUAUUCAGGAUUUGGAUGAAUUUGGCCAAAGAUUUCCACCCUGGUGUAGUAAAAACAAAGUUCCCAGCCUUUAUCACCAGGUGCAAAAGAUAGUGACAGGAGAUGGAAAUCAUCCAAUUGAUACACAAUGUCUUUAUCCUAUACUGUUGUCGUCUGGACUUCAGCGAGGAUUACUAGGCCUGAUCUGGGAACUGAUCAGUCAAACAACUCCAGGACAGUUAGUUGAAGAAGAAUUGUAUAUGGGAUUGGCUCUUGUAGCUCUUGCUCAGGCAGGCUACAAGUUCAACAGCAUAGAAAUUUUAUACCAGUUACAUCAGCCACCUGUUCCUCUGCUCCAGUUGUUCACUACUUCUGUACCUCAGGCUACAAUUUCUACAUUACCUGGAGGAGUCUCAAACCAAGCCACAAAGUUUCCAACUUCAUCAGGAUCAACUUGUACCUCAGUAUUAUAUCCUUGUCCACCAGGAGAACCUGUUGUGUCAUCUGUAUCUUACCCAACUUCUGUCAGUUCUACCCAGGCAAAUUCAUCAAUCCUUCUUCCUCCACAAUCACAGCAUCUUUCUACUUCAUAUCAAGAACAGACUGAGUCUUCCUUUGCCUCAACUCAACAUUUUCCAGUACAUUCACACAUUUCCCUACCUUCAUAUUCUUCUUCAGGCUACCAAGAUGUUUCACUCUCUUCUUCAAAAUCACAAACUUUUGCUGUUUCUUCUCAGGCAUCUGUUGUAGGCUCUAGAGAUUCUUCAGAGAUGCAUUUUGGUGCCAUUGAAGCCAAACCUGUAGUUGAUCAACAGGCAUUAUCAGUGUUGCAUCUUGCCAGACCUGUGGCAGGUCAUCAGAUGUCUUCAUUGCCAUAUCUUUCUGGAAUUCAAGCUGAAUCUAUAGUGAGUCAUCAGAUGACUUCCUCUGUACCACACUUUGCUAGAGACUUUCCCAAGUCUCAUGUUGACCCAAAUCCAAUACUAAACUCCAAAUCCACACCUGUGGACUCCUUUCAGUGGGCAAGUACUCAUCCUAGCUCACACAAUACUUGGGACCCACAUACUAUUACUUCACUUCAUCCAGCAGGUGAUAACUUAGAAGAUGAUGAGUUUGAUGAAUUUCAGUCAGCUUCUGUUGUGACAACUAUCUCAGAAGUGCAGUCACAUGAUACUUUAGCUACUAGUAUAUCAACUUUUGGUUCAGUUUUAUUGAGGGGUGAUGAUGAUGAUGAGUUUGAUGACUUCAAGCAAGCUGUUUUUCCAACCUCAGUUGCUAUAGCAACUAAUAGUGGAGAUAAGACUGCUGAAACAUUUGAUAGCAGUAGCCGUGAUUUGAUGGCUGCAGAAGAGGACAAAUAUAGUGUGUUUAGGAUGCUUCAGGAACAGGAAUCAAGUUCUCUUCAACAAAAUAGUUGUUCUCUUCUAGAUGCUGGAGGAAAUGACAGUGGUGAGAAGCAGCAAGUGUCACAUAGUAAGAUAACAUCUAGUCAAGAUGUUGCAGUUACUUCUGAUGCUAUAGAAAAUGAAGAAGAUUUUGGGGAUUUUCUUUAUGCUUCUGCCCCUUCUGUAACUGCUGUCCAAGAUGAUUUUCAAGGGUUUGAAUCAUUUCAAACAGAAACUGCUUAUCAAUCUUUUGGUGCUUUUGAAUCUUUCAAAACAACAGAUUCAAGCUUUGCUAAUUUUGAUCAGUUUAACAUUAAUUCCUGUGGUUUAGGACAAAAUGGCCCCACUUUAACCCUUAACUUGGCUUCACCACCAGCAUUCCAAUUAUCGGAUGAGAAAGAUGAGUUUGGUGACUUUACUAGCAGCCAGGCUACUCUACCCAGAACAGAAACAGGAAGUGAGCUGAGUUACCAUGGUAGCAGCAAAGACAAUAUUUCAUUGGCUGAGAGCCAAUCCAUCUCAAGCCUAGAGCUUCCCACAUAUGACAGUGGAGGACACAAUGGUGAAUCCAAAGCAUCAUUGAGUCGUCAUGGGUCCAUUCCCAGCUUGGACUUGAAAAGUAUUAAUCUAGAAGAAACAGAUAGUGCUGAAAUGAUGCAAGAAAGCCAAGGAAAUAUUCCAAGUUUAGAAAGUGCCUUUGAUAAAAAAGAAGGCUCUCCAGAAGCUAAUGUUAAGAAAACAUACAAUGAUUCUGCACCACGUUUAUUUGUUACUGUGGGUCCUUAUAUUACAUCAUCUGCAGCUUUAACAGAUCGGUACAGUAGCAUUCGCACUAAUUCAGAGAGUCAGUUUGAGGAUGUUCAUGUGUCAGAGUGGAAUCGUUGUCUGACCAGCUGUCAAAAACUUCUGUAUGGAGGAUGGCAAGUCUUCCAUCAGAUGCCUAAUAGUUUAGUGUGCAGUGAAGUGCUAUCAACCGAGGAAGGUUCUGAAUACAUUAAAAAUCUUACUGAAGUCCAGCGUGUGGUGCAGCGUAUUAAGUUAGCAAUACAGAUGUCUGGAAAGGAGACUGAUGAACUACAAAAGAUACUACUAGAUACUGAUUCUACCUGGCAAAACAUUCUGGUUUUUAUUGCAGGAACUUCUCUCAUGCCUGAAGAGGGUUCUCUGGAUUUUUCUUCUACCAUCCUGCCACUAGACCCAGAGGAUGUGUCAAAAGCUUGUGGAGUGUGUUUGUUGAAUGUGGAAGGCAGAAGUAAAGCUUUUGACAGAGAGCAAGACAGUUACAAGCUUAUGUAUGGUGGCCGUCAGUAUCAUGCAGCCUGUGCUAACUUGUGGGUCAAUUGUGUGGAUUCCCUCCUUCCAGCUUUGCCCCUUCCUCAUUUACUAUAGGCACCUAGCAACAAUAAUAAUAUUCUCCGAUAUCAUGGAAUAAAAAUUCUGACUAUAUGAACAAGUCGAUAUAGAUUGGAGCUGUGAAUGCUUGGCUAGAAUAUACUACACAGAGGUUUACUUUAUCUUCAGAUAUUUAUUAAAGCUCAAUUAAAGUAUGUAAUGAAGAACUACAAAUAAUUGUUUUCAGCCUAACGAGAGUUUGAAUAUCUUUAAAUUGAUUUUAUCACUGAGAAGAAAUUUAAUGUUGAAGGUAGAAAUAUGUUCAGUGCAUGAAACUUUCCAUAAAGAACCAACGAUCAGCUUCUAAAGAUCAUAUAUUCAGCUGCUUUUCACAAAUAACUUCUAUAACAAAAUAUUAACAUUUAACCACAUUAACGAGAAAUAGCUGUAACCUCUGGAUGUCGUCCUUGAACCGUGGUAUGAAAUACUAGUAAGACUUGACACAUUAAAACCUUUUUAAUAGCAAGAUUUUGGUCCUAUUCUUGGGACUGUUUGAUGGCUAGCUGAAUAUCCUGUAGACUGAAGAUAGCCCCGAGAUACAACUGAAGCUUGUUAUUAAUUGUAUUAACAAGGAGUAAUCUGGUGUUAUGUAUCUAAUAAAGAAAUGGCUACCUUUAACAGAUAACUGGAGGUUCAAGACUGUCAGUCUCUUUUAACAGAUUACCAUACUUAAAUAGAGGUAAUUAGUUUCUUUUAACAACUACAGUAACAAGAAAUACAUUUGUAUUCUUUUAAACAAUAAACUCUAUAAUAAGUAGUAGUUUCAUAUUUUUAAACAAGUAACACAAGUAACAAGAGAUAAAUGCUACUAAUAGUAAACCCUGUAAGAUGCACAAAAACAUUGGUUGCUUUUUGUAGACAAAGUAAAAAAGGGGCAAAAUUAGUUAUUUAAUGAAAAAAAAAGGGGAGGUAAAGGAAGUUGUUUUUGGCAGAUGAUUUGUAUUGUGUGGUUGUUUUUGACAAGCAACAUUGUUUAACAAGGAAUAUAGUGAAGCUUAAUAACAUGGUUUGAAUAUAGGUUUAAUUUCAGUAAAUCAAUUUAUGAAGCUAUUAAUAUAAAAAACUUUAUAAAAUUUUUGUUUUAGUAGAUAAAUGAACCACAAAAUAUUUGCCAUUCUAAUAUCCAUCCACUUUACAGUUAGGUACUUGUAUUAUUACUAGAUCUUAGUAGAAUUGUUUCACUGUUUUCAUGUAGGCUGAUAUUUCUCUAUCUACGUGUACUUAGUCAGUAUUUAACAAUUAUUCUUUUGGUCAACCUUGUCAUAUAUUUGUAAAAACCAAAGUUAUUGACCUAAAAUAUUUUUAGGUAUUAGAAUUGUGUUAACAUGUUUAUGUAAAAAUUAUAUAUACAUAUAUUUAUAUAUUAUAGUUUGUUCUGAUUGUGCUUUCUUUCCUUUAAUGUGAGAGAGCAGCUUCACAUUGAGGGCUAAUUUUAAAAUUAGAAAAUGACAGAGCAAUCAAUAUGUGGAGCUAUGUGAAAAAAUAAUGCAUAAAAUUUCACAAGAUGUAGAAAAAAAUUGUUAAUGAAAUAAAUUUUUUUAUUGUCUUCAAGUAAUAUAACUAGUUAUCAAAUUUUUGGGGAUGCCUGUUUUGGUUUAUAAGUUUUCUAUUCUGAAACUGGAUGAUGCUAUAACCUUUGGGAAUGUAACUCUUUCAAAAUGUCUCAGUACUCAGGUUUGUAUGUCAUUGAAUGAUGCUUAUGAUGUAUUGUGCUAGUUUAUGCAUUGGAGCAAAAAAUAUUGCUAUUUUAGUGAGAGCUGUAAUGUUUUUCAGGCGGUAUUUUUAUGAUAGCUGUUUAAUUGUUGCAGAUUUAUACAUUUACUUAUGCUGACUUAAUUUCAUUGGUUUUACAUGUCAGUUUCCUGUGGAUUAUUUCUUUGUAACAUAUGCUAAGAGUUCAUCAUUCCAUUUAUGUAGAAAAAUUAAUACACAUUUUUUGUGUUGCAAUACACAGUUUCUUUAUAUGGCCCAUCCAUAUGUAUGCAUUUAAAUUAAGAUAAUUUUGAAAUCAUGAUUAUGAAACAAAAUACAUACAGAUUAAUUGAAAUUUGAUGUUUGAAAGUAAGAGUUUGUAUUUUAGUAAUAUAUAUGUAGAAAUUAAUAUUUCAAUUUCUUUUCAGUUUUGUUUGAAAGUAUGUGACUAACAACAUAAAAGUGUGAGAAGGCAAUUAAGACGUGUUGAUACCUUCAGCAUGAUCAAAACAAUUCAAUUUUUACUAAUUUAGUACAAACCUAUGGUUUAAAGUUGACAGCAGUUGAUCUGCUAGUAGAUGUGUUACGUAUCCAGCUUGAUAGAAAUGCUUGUUCUACAAAUAAGUAUAUUCUGUUGGAAUUUAAAGAGUUGAAAAAUAUUUGUUCAUUUACUACACUUGUACUGGAAUCAGUUGUUUGGAAGAGAGAGUUGGUCUGUUAAAAGACAUUUGUUGAAACCCACUUAAAAAGGACUUGCUAAUAAACAUGCAUUGCAAUCUUUGGUUUGAAA